UCUAAUAAAUAGAGGAAAUGUCAUCAACACUUCCAAGCAUCCAAAGUUUCUAACUAAGAAGAAUCUGUGAUGGCGGGAAGUGUUAUUUCUACCACCCAAAUCUCUCUCCGACCCCUUCAUCUUUCUGACCUUGAUGAUGUCAUGGUGUGGACCACUGAUGAAAAAGUGCCCAAGUUUUGCACUUGGGAGACUUACACAAGCAAAGAAGAUGGCAUUAACUUCAUUGAAAACAUAGCAACCAAGUUUCUGUGGUGCAAAGCAAUAUGUCUUGAUGAUCGUGCUGUUGGCUUUGUUCAUCUGUCCUCGUAUGCUGAGCAUGAUAAGUGCAGGAUCAAGUCUGCAGAACUUGGCUAUGUUCUGGGAUCCAAGUAUUGGGGUAAAGGGAUUGCCACAUAUGUUGUGAAACAAGUAGUUAAGGAUGUUUUCAGUGAGUUGCCACACUUGGAGAGGCUUGAAGCUCUGGUUGAUGUGGAAAAUGUUGGCUCCCUGAGAGUGCUGGAGAAAGCUGGUUUCCAAAGGGAAGGAGUUCUAAAGAAGUAUCUGUUCUUCAAGGGAAAAAGCAGGGAUAUGGUUAUGUUCAGUGUGCUUUCAACCGACCUCAAUGUUUGAUUUGCUUGUUGAGAGGAUGUGAUUUCUGCUGAUGAAACAAUUUGGAUUGUUACAUAUAAGAAAUUUAGUGGAAGUUUAACAAAUUUGAAAGAUCUUGUAGGAUGUGAAUUGUGAAGUUAACAUCUGAUGAAUAAAAGAUUCCUGUUGUUUAAGUAAAA